AUGAGUACAGUAGGAAUUCUGAAGCCGAGGAAAAGACGAAGCGAAGUGAUCUUCUUUGCAGUAGGAAUCUUCCUGGUUGUCUACGGAAUAACUCAUCUCAUUCACAAAGCAGCGGCCUCGUUAUCCAGUCGGGGAAACAGUCAACGAAUUCGCCGGGCCGUCGCGGAUAACUCAACCAAGUGUGUAAUAUCUCCAUCAUCGGAUUUCCCCGAAGGAUUUUUUACGCUGGAAGAGAGAAGAGAGGGAGGCAUAAUUAUUCACUUUAUCAUCAUUCUUUACAUGCUGCUGGCUAUAGACAUAGUUUGUGAAGACUAUUUCCUACCUUCCUUGGAGAGUAUCAGUGAACGACUUGGUCUUUCUCAGGAUGUUGCUGGAGCAACAUUUAUGGCAGCCGGAAGCUCUGCACCUGAACUAGUCACGUCUUUUCUUGGUGCUUUUGUGACAAAGGGAGAUAUUGGAAUUAGUACGAUAGUUGGAUCUGCAGUUUACAAUUUGCUUGGGAUCUGUGCUGCAUGUGGGCUGUUGUCCACCAUGGUUUGCAAGUUGACUUGCUGGCCACUGCUGAGGGAUUGCUUAGCUUACGCCAUCAGCGUUGUAGCAUUAAUUGCUAUUAUCUUCGAUAAUGUGAUACACUGGUAUGAAAGUGCUUCUCUGUUACUGAUCUAUGCAGCAUAUGUUGCUUUCAUGUGCUUUGACAUGAAACUUAAUCGGUACAUAACAAGAACGUUUAGCCCGUGCUGUGCUUCCCUGGCACAAGUGAUAGAAGAAAGCAAUGAGCAAGAGGCGCUAAUGGGCUGGCAGGGAAAAGAUGGGCCACUCAUAUAUCGCCGUUCUCGAUCGGAUAGUGGGAUCUUUCGGGACGAUUCUGGCUAUUCCCAACACUCUCUCAGUUUACACGGGCUCUCGGAGAUUACUGAAGAUCCAUCAAGUGUGUUUGCAAUGCCUGAAUCGGAUGUGAAGAGGAUUAUCUGGGUACUGUCUCUUCCCAUCACCACCCUACUAUUCAUAACCACCCCAGAUUGUCGCAGGCAUCAAUGGAGAAAAUGGUUCCUGCUAACUUUCUUCAUGUGUGCUGUGUGGAUUUCUGGAUUUACAUAUAUAUUAGUUUGGAUGGUAACCAUCGUGGGAGAAACUCUGGGCAUUCCUGAAACAGUGAUGGGUCUAACACUGCUGGCAGCAGGCACCAGUAUUCCAGACACUGUGGCUAGUGUUCUUGUUACCAGAGAAGGUAAAGGAGAUAUGGCUAUGUCGAACAUUGUGGGCUCCAAUGUAUUUGAUCUUCUCUGUUUAGGUGUACCUUGGUUUGUUAAAACUGUAUUUGUUGAUUUAUCGCCUGUAGAAGUCAAUAGCAGUGGCAUGAUCUACACAACAGCUUCUCUUCUCCUCUCUAUCAUGUUCAUAUUUGCAGCAAUUCAUAUUAAUGGAUGGAAACUGGAUAAGAAACUUGGAGCAAGCUGUCUUUUUGCUUAUUUCAUUUUUCUCAUUAUCUCAGUUCUAAAUGGGCUAGGAAUACUAGGCAAUGUUCUUGCCAGGACAUGCAAUUAAUUGAGCUACAAUCAAGGUACAAUUGACAUUACAUGUUUUCUAUCAAAAACUUCCCACCACCAAAACUUCACCCCACUCAUUUGGAACUUUUAAUUGGGUAUUGAUUUCCAGAGCCCAAAACUGCUGCAAUAUCAUGGUGUAGCAGGAAAGUACCAGCUUCAAGAAUUAUUUUCCAUGCCAUGUUUAUUGCAAAUAUGAACAAAAAUGGCACUUAAUCACCAGGAAAGAGGACCAAAGUCUUUGGUUAAAGGGAGGCUUUAGAAAUAAGUGUUUAGAGGUGGAGAAUGCCUUCUUAGAGUUACGGACACUCUUGCCAAUGCUGAGGUGAAUUUAAAAUGGGGAAUUAGUUAAUUUCAAUAUUCUUUCAAAUAUGCACUUAUUCCAUUGAACUCAACUGCAAUGUCUUUGAACUACCACCCCUAUCUUCCACUAACCAUUCUUCCAAAUCCCAAUCCUAAAAUACUUCUCAAACGUUUGCAUCCAAUUAUGGCUCUAAAGUUAUAACUUCUAACCACAGUGUACCAUUUCUCAUCUACUUUCUUCUGUUGAAGUUGCAUCCUUGCUAAACCAGACCUCCCACCUUGUUUAUCCAGCUCAAUUGCAUCUGCUUUCACUUUGAUACAGUCUUACCCUUCCAGAUAAUAUUGUAAUCACUUCUUCCACCCAUUUUUGCUACAUGCUACCCUUAUUCUCAAACAUCAAUUCUCAAUGCCAAAACAGCAUUGAUUUCGCUCACUAUUGCUCUUGCCUUGGAUGAGCUAAGAUCUACCACCAGGGGACUCUGAAAAGUUGGUUACUAUUACUGCUACAAACGAAUUCCAACCCUCUGGCUUGCUACUUAGCCUGAGCUGCAUGUUUGUAAUAUUGAGCUUCAAACUGCACUGGACCCCACCAUAAAUUUUUAUUCCAAUGUGUAAUACUGCGGAUCUAAACUCCUGCCUCACCCAACUGACCUCUCCAAUAGUCCUGCCAUCCCCCUACAUUCCAUAAACAACCCUUUAUUACACAGUGCCUGUUAUUAAUCUAUAUUGCCUCUUUGCUGACAAACUCAUUUAAUCCUCAUUCUCCUAAAUCAUUCUCACACCUAAAAUAAUCUGUUCCUCCUUCCAAUUUCUUGAGCAAUCUUCCUUUACCAGAAACCGGCACAAUGCCAAAUUUCUGGAUUUCUUUUGCAGCAUCUCCAAUGGCAAUCCGACAUUGUUCGUGUAACUAUGGGUCAGUUUGUUUCAUGUUAUUUCUGUGAAGGACCGGAGAAAAGUUUUA